GGGUUAGCUAUAUGGUUAUGAUCGCCCUCUGUGUGCUUGCCAUACCGAAAUGGGGUCGCAACCAAAUAGUGGAGACAGGGGGCCGGGUCGUGCGACCCCAAAUCGGCUCGCAGAUCAGCGUCUACCCAAUCAAAAAUUCCACCUUCUUUGCAUACACUUUCGAGUUGUUUUCAACAGUGACACGCAAUAUGGCGAAAUAUGGUAGUAUACAGUUCUUGGGCAGAAAGGAUUCUAGAGGAGAGACAUCAACAUAUAAGUAGCUACUGUCGUGUAUCCCACUCCUCUUUUUGGGGCCAUCAUAUUACUGGUUUCGUUCUAUCUUAUGUUGAAUUAAGCCUUACCUACAAAACCCUUAACAAAAAUGUCUCGACACUUUGCGGCUCGGGUGACUUCUCAGACGGUACACGGAUAUCAAGGCCAAGCUCUACCCUACAAGACUAGCAUUGUAUAUGAUGGAGUAAAGGGUAUCCCAAAGAGAGUACCCGAACUGUCGGUAGAGCCUUCGCAAGAACUGCUCCGUUCUCUACUGCAAGGCUAUAACCCUACCUUCCGGCGUCAUCCUCUGGGGAUGGAAGCAGACGCUGUCAUAAAAUUGACCCCGCGGCAGCAGAUGUGUUACUAUGAUGGAAAAAUGUUUGGCGGAUACCUCGCCUUGCUCUUAGACCGUAUCCUUGCAGACUGCUGCCGGCCUGCGGUCACAGCAUACCUCAACACGUCUUUUGCGCAGUCUGUUCCACCAGAUGUUCCGAUUCGCCUGCGUGCAUGGCCAGAGAGAGUCGAAGGGCGUAAAGUCUACCUCACGGCGUCCAUCAAGAUCCCUGGGAAAGUGGAGGGUGAGUUCAUUGACGCUAUUCGGGCGAAUGCAUUGUUUGUGCGACCCCGAAGUUGAAUGCAAGCAACCUGGGGUUUAAGGAAUUGUUGCUACGAGUUGGCGUGUACUUGAAAGACCGAUUUUCCAUUAAUUCUACAAUGGAUUCUUUUACUUAGACUUAACGAAUUUACUCCUGUUAUACCAACAUGAAUCCUUAUCAUCAUGAGAGAAUUAACUCACGCCCCCAAUAUGUUAUCCACUGCAUUUGGACUACUUAUUACUUUAAUCUGACACCUUAACAAGGAACAGGGUCCGCCCUGCCUUUGAGUAGGGCAGAGAUAGUUAAGAAACGUUUUGGAUAUUUCAUUGAAAUUUUCUCUAGUAGCCAUCAUGAUACGCUGAGCGAUGUCUUCGAGCCUUUUGAGGUGACGAG